UAGUUUAUCACCUUUCUUCAAUCUGUCUCCCCUUCUUUUUGGCAUGUUUCCCAGGAAAAGCAUCGCCAAACUCCCCUGCAGAUCUCCUGCCCUUAACUCUGUUUCCUUCAUUUCCUCUUACCAUCAAACAAUCCCCUCAAAAUUAACCCCACAAGACAUUGCUCAUCGAGCUUCAUCUUUAAUCAACCAACCUAACUGGAAGACCAACGAGACCCUCAAAUCCUUUGUUUCCCACAUGAACCCCAAUGUUGCUGCCCAGGUUAUCCUCCUCCAAAAUCACCAACUCACACUCGCUCUCCAGUUUUUCCAAUGGGUUUGUCAGCACUCCACUUAUUGCUACGAUACAACUAGUAGAAUCCACCUCUUGAAACUGCUUAUAUCCUCCAAUUCAUUUCGAAUCGCUCAUAAAGCUGUGAUUGAACUAAUUAAAAGUUGUGGUAGCAACGAAAACGGUCUUUUGAAGCUAAUGCAAGAGCUUGAAGAGAUGAGGAAGAAUGGUUUUCGCUUAAAUUACCCUUGUUAUAGCAUUCUCUUGAUGUCUAUAGCAAAGUUAAGUUUAGGGUUUUUGGCAUUUUCGGUUUAUAAAAGAAUGGUAGCUGAAGGCUUUGCUUUUGCUGCCAUUGAUUAUGGAAUGAUAAUCAACGCUUUCUCCAAAGUUGGCUUUGUCCGUCAAGCUGAAAUGUUCAUGUCCCAAGCUUUGAAGCUUGGGUUUGGAUUGGGUACUCAUAUUUGUACUUCUUUAGUAUUGGGAUACUGUCGUGAAAAGGAUCUCUGGGAAGCCUUCCGGGUGUUUGAUGUAAUGUCGGAAUCAGAUGGUUGCGGAGCGAAUUCGGUUACCUACUCGAUUUUAAUACAUGGUUUAUGUGAGAAUGGGAGGGUUGAAGAAGCAUUUGCUUUAAAAGAAGGGAUGUCACAGAAGGGUUGCCAGCCAAGUACUCGGACUUACACCGUAUUAGUGAAGGCUUUGUGUGAUGAUGGAUCGAUUGGUAAGGCUUUGGAUUUAGUAAGUGAAAUGAUCGGAAAAGGAUGUAAGCCAAAUGUUUAUACUUACACUGUUUUGAUUGAUGGGUUAUGCAGGGAAGGAAAGAUUGAGGAGGGUAAUGGGAUGUUAAAGCAGAUGGUAAAAGAGGGUGUUUAUCCAGGGAUUGUAACUUACAAUGCACUGAUUAAUGGAUACUGUAAGGAAGGGAAGAUUGUUUCUGCUUUUGAGCUUCUUAGUUUGAUGGAGAAACGUAAUUGUCGGCCUAAUAUCCGUACCUAUAAUGAGCUUAUCGAAGGACUGUGUAGAGUUAACAAACCUUAUAAGGCAAUGCUCCUUCUCGGAAGGAUUGUCAACAAUGGUUUAUUGCCUAACUGUGUAAGUUAUAAUAUUCUAAUUUAUGGUUUCUGCAAAGAAGGCCAUUUCAACAUGGCUUCCAAGAUAUUUGAAUUGAUGAACUCAUUCGGUGUUGAUACUGAUGCUUAUAGUUUCACUGCUAUGAUUGAUGGACUGUGCAAGCAAGGGAGACUGAAACUCGCAAAUGGGCUGUUGGGUAAGAUGAUUAAGAAGGGAAUAGAGCCGGAUGAAGUAACAUUUACUGCACUUAUGGAUGGCUUUUGUAAGAUAGGUAAUACAAGAGAUGCAUCAAAGCUCUUGAAGAUGAUGAUUGAAAAUGGUUAUUUGGAGACUUGUCAUGCCUUCAAUUCAAUUCUUCAUGUUCUGAGCAAAGAAUGUGACUUGAUAAAAGAAUAUGCAUUGUUUGGAAAGAUUCUAAAGCAUGGUUUAGUUCCUUCUGUUGUAACUUACACAAUAUUAGUAGGUGCGCUUUUUAGAGCAGGCAAGGUUGAUCAGUCCUUGGGCAUGAUGGAGUUAAUGAAACACAUUGGCUGCCCUCCUGGAGUGUACACAUACAAUGUCAUGGUUUAUGGUUUGUGUCAAAUUGGAAGAGUUGAGGAUGCAGAGAGGAUCUUGCAUAACAUGUCUGAUUUAGGAGUACCUCCAAAUCAUGUUACAUACACUAUAUUUGUCAAAGCUCAUGUUUAUGCCGGUAGGCUAGAUCGUGCACUUGAAAUUGUGUCUGUUAUGGUUAGAAAUGGAUUUCAACCGAACAGCCGUGUCUAUUAUGCACUUCUAGUAGGAGUUAUUUCAUCAAACAAGACCGUGACAGAGGCUAACUCCAGUUUAGAUGUUCAACCACCAUCUGCUGCAGAAAAUUGUGAUGAAUGUGUUUCCAGUAACAUUCUGAAGGAAAUGGAUCUUGAGCAUGCGUUCAAACUCCGAGUUGAAAUUGAGAAACUUGGAGCAUCUGUUCUGGAUUUAUACAAUUUUCUAAUUGCGGGUUUCUGCGAAGUCGGAAGAAUUGCAGAUGCUGAACAUCUUACUAAAGAUAUAUUAAAACAAGGUUUAUAUCCUGACAAGGCAUGUUUUUCUGUCAUUGAUUGGCACUCAAAGAAGGGCAACUGCAAUGAGUGCCUUGAGUUCUUGGAUCUCAUUCUCAGUCAUGGUUUCCUUCCAUCUCUUGCAUCUUAUUCAUCGGUGAUCCACUGUACGCGCGUCAAAGGAAACAUCAAAGAAGCUCAGAGACUGCUUUCUGACCUCACGAAAUACAAUAAUAUUGGGGAUGUAAAAGCAGUUUUACCUCAUAUUGAGUUCCUAGUAAACAGUGAUGAACCUGAAAAAUGCAUACAUCUUUUAAAACUGAUUGAGCAAAUGGUUAACGGGGAGAGGCCAGUCAUCUAGUUUAUGCUUCAUUGUUCUUCGCCCUUGACACCAUUGCUUAUACUCGGGAUCUUCCGAAUUACUUGAGGAGAAAUACACUUACUGUUCGGCCCCGGAUUUUUUGGAUAGCUUGUGACCAACUUGUAAUGAGAACCGGACUCGAGCACAGCAGUAAUACCAGGUAAAAUCCACUUCAUACUCAUUGAUGUUUUUAGAUAUGAUAAAUCGGGGUCAACGUAAAAAGCUUACC